AUGAGGCGCGCAACCGCUGGUAAUUCAAGUGACACAACAUGUUACGCCCUUGCUGCGAUCCUUGCCAACGCGGUAUUCUUUCCCGGAGACACCACAUACAACUCUUCUGAAGCCUCCUAUGCCUAUGUACAGCAACAAAUUCAACGUCCGUCUUGUAUCGUCAAGCCUUCGAGUACCGCAGAAGUCUCUUCUGUAGUUAAAAUUCUUCAGAGCUCCUCCAGUGCUUUUGCCAUCAAGAGCGGAGGCCAUGCGACCAAUUCAGGAUUUUCCAACAUCGAUGGGGGAGUGACACUGGAUUUGACUUCGCUCAAUAGCGUCAGUAUUGUCGAGGAUGGUGAUUUAGUCACUGCUUCAGUGGGCGGUAUCGGUUUCUUCGCCCUUCAACAUGGCUUUGGGUGUGAUGCCGUCAAGAACAUAGAAGUUGUGCUCGCCAGUGGGGAGGUCAUCAAUGCCAACUGGUCCUCACAUCAAGAUCUAUUCGUGGCAUUGAAAGGAGGCCAAAGCAACUUUGGAAUAGUAACCCGUUGGGAUAUUGAGACCAUACCCCAGGGAAAACUCUGGGGCGGUAACAUCAUUUAUAACUAUUCGACUAUCUUGGAGCAGCUGGAGGCCUUCACAACCUGGAAAAGUCCUGAUAAUUUCAAUCAGCUCUCCUCUGUAGAGCAGAGCCAUGUCUACUCUAGCUCGGUAGACGAGUGGAUUGUUUCUACGGCCAUCUUUUAUGCUCAGCCGACUUCAGAUCCCGAAAAUCUGAAAAACUUUACUAGCAUUGGUUCCCAACUAUCAAAUACCAUUCGGAUUUCCAACGUCACAGACUUCGCAAAUGAAGUACAAGCACAGAGUACCCCGAAUCUGUACACAAUCUUCGCAUCCACAACCUUCAAAAUCUCACCGACGAUCCUGGCCAAGGUUGAGAGUCUCUGGCAGACAUCUGUCAAGGAGAUUUCACAGAUUGCUUCUAUAACAUCCUCGAUGACUCUACAGUCUAUUCCUGCGCCGCCCUCUAAUCCAACCCGCAAGAACAGUUUGGGCUUUGAACCUUCUUCCACACCACAAGAAGACUUGGUCCUGCUCUUGAUUACAAAUUUCUGGGAUGACCCUGAAGUCGGCGUCCAGGUUGAAGAUGGCACUCAAGCCUUCAUCGAGAACGUGAUGCGCGCUACUAAAGAUGAAGGCCUUGCAAGGGACUUUGUGUACGAGAACUAUGCGGCUUCUGGUUUCCAAAAGCCCCUAGAGACAACGGGCAACCUGGAGGCCUUUCAGAAGGUGGCGUCAAAGUACGAUCCAGCGAACAAGAUCCUCACCUACUCUUUCCCACAAUACCACGAUGACCGUUACCCUGCUUCAAAACCUCAUGGCAUAAAAGAAAGCAAUGUCAACUACGAAAGCGUCGAUAAAUGCGUCGUAAAUGGCAAGGAAAUGUACGCCUGGAUCGUCAUCUCGGAUCGCCACAUCCCAAAUGUCAUCUCGCAGCUCUUUAGGAACUUGCUGAAUAGGUGA